UCAAUUGACUAAAAAAUGUUCAUAAAAAUAUACUAUUUUACUUUUUUCAUAUUUUGGAUAAAUCAAAUCGAUACAACUAGCUAUAGACUCGCGGAUAAAAACGAUUAUACUGAAUAUUUAUCUGAAGUAAUCAAUUAUGUUCGAUUUCAAGACGAAAAAUCUUCAAUGCAACACUUAACAGACGGUUUAAUGGGAAAUUCAGAUUCCAUUUCAGACUUUAUUGGAGACUUAGAUUAUGUCCAAGUAUGUAAUAAUCUCAAAGUAUUUUAUGAUGAAGCAUUCAAGCUCGAGUACAUCAAUUUGGGUUUUCAUAACUUACUACAUCCGACAACACCAGAACUCGUAUCACCACUAUAUGAUGACUCAUCUGAAUAUCUCGCAGUCAAUGUUAUAAAUACACUAUUUAACGUGGAUAAUGGGCAAUCGUUCAUUAAUACGAAAAUUUGUGUGAACUAUCAAAUUAAAGAUUUAAAUAAAAUACUGCAUGAUAAAGACAAUCCAACCAAUUUCUUUCAAAGAAAGCAAGAAGUUGCACACAUAUUUAAGUGUAGGUAUAGUGAAUUAUUAAGACACGUUACUAUCUUUUUAACUGCAAUGCAACAUUUAUGCCUGACAGAACAUAGUAAAAAACGUUAUGAUAACUUAAUUACUUAUGUAAAAUCCUUGAAAAGUACAUUACCAUCAGUUACAACUAUGAUCAAUCGUUUAUUAGCAAUUUUGGCCUUGUUAAAAAAGGCGUCCAUUGGGGAUUAUAUGGUAAAAUCGCAAUCAUGUUUUAAAAAUGUAGUGAAAAUUGCAUCAGAAUAUAAAAAUAUUUUAAAGAACCUAAAUAUUUCUUUAACUGCUGAAACUAAUGCAACAAAUGCAAAAGAAUUUUUGGAAGAGUUCCGUAAAGGUCAAAAUGGUGUGACCCGGUUAUUAGCAGAUAUUAGAGUCAAUCUUUUUCUUACAAAUUAUUGUAUUCUUGACAAACCAUUGUUAAGUAAAUUUCAAUUAUUAGAAUCAUAUCAAAAUAUUCGAACUUAUCGUGGUUCAAUAUUUUCUAGAAUAAAUUCAGAUUUAACAAAAAUUUGUGAAGAUUUUUUUAAAACUGACUAUGAUUUAUGUUUUAGUGAAUUUGUAAACUAAUAUAUUAUUUUUUAUAAGUAAAAUAAAUACUAUUUUACAUUUUUAAAAUUUCCUUGGUGUUAUGAUUCAA